GCUCCUCGAAAUAGGACAAGGGUGGGGCAAAGGUGUGGCAAGCUGCUGUUUGGAAAUAUUUAACUGGAUUUCUUUCCCUUGUAUAUCAUAUCACUCUACACUUGUGAAGAUGGCAGCGCAGCAAGGGUGCCCUCAGGGCAGAGAUGUUCCAGAAGAAACGGAGACACAAAAGGAGCUAAGUCGCAGCCCUACAGACCAAGGACUUUGACCAGCGCCACCCACCCUUGUUGAACCUUCUAGUCCAGCCCCUGCCUGUUCCAUUUUGAUGUUUAGGAUCAAGAAUCCAGGAUCCUCACCAAGGCAGUCUCCCCAGCCGGUCGUGCCGAGGCUUUAUAAAGUGCUUCUUAUUUGGUUGGGAGCUUGUGCAUAAAGGUGAGUGGAGCUGCUGACUACAGAGCUGACACAUGGAAGCUGAACAGGAUGUCAGGGAGAAGCCAGCAGAGCUGGUACUUAAAGUCAGAAUUCAGAACCCCAAAGAAAAUGACUUCAUUGAAAUUGAACUGAACAGACAAGAGCUGAGUUAUCAAAACCUACUGAAAGUAAGUUGCGGCGAACUGGGGAUUAACCCAGAGCAAGUGGCGAAGAUCAGAAAACUACCAAACACACUGCUCAGAAAGGACAAAGACAUUCGAAGACUACAGAACUUUCAGGAAGUGGAACUCAUUCUAAUGAGAAGUGGAAGCACCGAAUUAACAGACCACACGCCAUCUCUGAUAGAGAAGCCCUGCUACAAUAGCAAUGCUGCAAAAAUGACUUACUAAAUCAUCUCAGGGAAAAACUGGAAUCAUUUUGUAAAUAAUGAAGUCUGGAUACAUAUAACUACUUUGGCUAACAUCAUGUUUCAACUCUUCCUCUUCUCCAACUUCUCUGGACUGAGAGAAGAGCUAAGUUCAAAGUGUUGUGAGAAAUGGCUAUAAAAGGAAAUCGUAUAGUACAAUACCCAGAGCAAGUUUGUAUUGUAGAGUUGCACCUCAAUCCUGACCAGGUGUAGUCAGGCCCUGCGGGAUUCAGGCAGAACAA